AUGACUUCUCAUACGACAUACGAAGGGCGGUACCAUAGUUUUUGGACUCAACUGCAGCAACUCAUCCAACAAGACUGGGAGAUUGAGAUCUCUCAUACUUUUCGAGAAGGUAACAAGUCAGCCGAUUACCUUGCAAACAAAGGGCAUUCUCUUAGUCUAGGUUAUCAUGUUAUUGAGAGAGGUGACCCGGGCCUCAACUUUUGGAUUUUGUAUGACUCUAUGGGCAAUGCCCAAUCUCGAUUAAUUUAA